UGCCUGGGCUGACAGCUCUGCAAAGCACACUCCACUGCCUGCUGAGUGCAGCUUAGGAACGGGCACCAGGUACCACUUUGGGUGGUGCUGUGUUUGUGCAGGUUACAGAUUGGAUUUUUAGUGAGCUUCUCACCACAGAGAAAAGACAAGCAGAUGUGAGAAGGCGAUAUGGCCAUUACAGGAAGAUGCCGCGUGCUGUGUCUCCUGGUUCUUCUCAUGGUCGUGUUCAGCAGGGAGAGAAUUGAGGCACAAAGAGCAGGUUGCAAGAAUGUUCACUAUGACCUUGUCUUCAUUUUGGAUGCUUCCUCCAGUGUUGGAAAAGAAGAUUUUGAGAAAGUUCGGCAGUGGGUGUCUAAUUUGGUGGAAACUUUUGAGAUUGGCCCAGACAAAACCCGCGUAGGUGUGGUACGAUACAGUGACCGUCCUACCACAGAGUUUGACUUGGGAAAGUACAAAACCCGUGAGGAAAUCAAAGAGGCUGCACGAAAAAUCAAGUAUUAUGGGGGUAAUACGAACACCGGAGAUGCUCUCAGGUACAUCAACACCUACAGUUUUUCCAAAGAAGCUGGUGGGAGACUUAGUGAUCGAACUGUUAAAAAAGUGGCUAUCCUUUUGACUGAUGGAAGGAGCCAGGAUUAUGUUUUGGAUGCAGCCACUGCAGCCCGUCAGUCUGGGAUUAGGAUCUUUGCUGUGGGUGUUGGUGAAGCCUUGAAAGAGGAACUCGACGAGAUUGCUUCAGAACCCAAGUCUGCUCAUGUGUUUCAUGUGUCUGAUUACAACGCCAUCGAUAAAAUUCGAGGCAAGCUGAGAAAACGUCUCUGUGAAAAUGUGCUGUGUCCAAAUGUCCACGUGGAAGGAGAUCGGUUCAAACACACCAAUGGGGGGACUGAUGAAAUUCCAGGAUUUGACUUGAUGGAUUCGUUCAGCGUGAAACAGAUUUUUGGAAUGAAAGAAAAUGGAAUCCAGAGUGCUUAUGUACGACUUGGAAGCUUCCCUGUUGUUCAGAAAACUGAGGAUGUAUUUCCAGAAGGUCUCCCUGAUGAAUAUGCCUUUGUAACUACCUUCAAAUUCCGGAAGUCUUCAAGGAAAGAAGACUGGUAUAUUUGGCAGAUUAUUGACAAGUAUGGCAUACCACAGGUCUCAAUACGACUGGAUGGAGAGAACAAAGCUGUGGAGUACAAUGCCGUUGGGCUCACCAAGGAUGCUGUGAGAGUAGUCUUCCGAAAUGCACGAGUUAGUGAUCUUUUUGACCGCAACUGGCACAAAAUUGCCCUUAGUAUUCAGUCAAAGGCUGUCUCACUUUACAUAGACUGCAGACUGGUGCAGAUGCUGCCUAUUGAAGACAGAGAAAAUAUUGACAUUCAAGGAAAGACUGUGAUUGGCAAACGCUUGUAUGACAGUGUCCCCAUUGAUUUUGAUCUUCAGCGGAUGGUUAUUUACUGUGAUUCUCGUCAUGCUGAGCUGGAGACCUGCUGUGACAUUCCCUCUGGACCAUGCCAGGUCACAGUCCUGACGGAAGCACCUCCCCUGGAAGUAAGGCCCACUGUUGGCAGUGAGCAAGUUGGCCACCUCAAGACUUUCAACUGCUCCUGUCCUGCUGGACAAAAGGGGGAGAGAGGUCCAAUUGGCCCUGUAGGUCCUAAAGGUCAAAAGGGAGAAAGUGGCAGCCAAGGGUUUCCUGGGCUCAGAGGAGAAAAAGGAGAGCCAGGCAGAGCCUAUGGCAGAGGAGAAAAAGGAGAAAAGGGUGAAGAAGGUCCUCCUGGCUUUCCUGGACUAAAAGGGGAUAAAGGAGAAAAAGGCUCCCUGGGCUCACCUGGCCCCCCUGGGAAGGAUGGAGCAAAGGGAGAAGCCGGUGAACCAGGACAGCCCGGAGCAUUUGGAUUACCUGGGCCAGCAGGUCCAAAGGGAUCCGAGGGAAAACAAGGUCCUCCAGGAAUUAAAGGCUAUGUAGGUGCACCGGGUCUACAAGGAGAAAGAGGAGAAAAAGGAACACGAGGAGACAAGGGCGAACAAGGCCUAGAUGGGUUCCCUGGAAAACCAGGUGUGAUGGGGGAACAGGGCCCUGCUGGCAGCCCCGGCCCUCCAGGUGCCAGUGGGAGCAAAGGAGAAAAGGGUGAACCAGGACUUCCAGGAUUGCCUGGCUCUUUAGUGCAUACUGAAGGCCUAAAAGGAGAACAAGGAGAGCCUGGGCCACGAGGACCACAAGGCCAACCUGGACUUCCUGGACCUCCAGGAGAGGCUGGUCCAGAAGGCAAGCCUGGAGUCCCUGGUUUACCAGGUCAAAGGGGUAAAAAGGGAGAACCAGGAUUCCCAGGAAUCAAUGGUCUGAUCGGCCCUCAGGGACCUCCAGGGCCCCCAGGCAUUGCUGGACCCGCUGGACCACCUGGCGCACCAGGAUUGCCAGGAGAAAUUGGAGUUUCUGGUAAACCUGGACCACCAGGACCAGCUGGAUUGCCUGGCAAAGAUGGAUUCAGUGGGCUUCCUGGGCUUCCAGGUCAAAAGGGAGAACAAGGGGAAAAAGGUGAGGAAGGAAUUCCUGGAAAAGCUGGUCUUAAGGGUGAACCAGGGAGUCGUGGUCAACCUGGUGAGCAGGGUGAAGCAGGUCUUCCUGGUCUUCGGGGUCUACCUGGACUGAGAGGAGAAAAAGGAGACCAGGGAGAAAAAGGAACAGAUGGUCUUCCAGGACUGAAAGGUGAAAGAGGAGAAAAGGGUGACAUGGGUUCCCGUGGACCACCAGGCUUACCUGGAACAACAGCCUUCUUCACCCCACACCCUAGGAUUCCUGGUGAACCUGGACAAAAAGGGGAGAAAGGAGAUCAAGGAAUCCGCGGUGAACCUGGAUUACCAGGGGUCCCAGGUGAACAGGGUGUCCCAGGACCUGCAGGACUACAGGGCACAAAGGGGCAGAAAGGAGCCCAAGGUGAAGCUGGAGCCCCUGGACAGACUGGUGUGACUGGACCAGCAGGGCCCCCUGGUCCAAGAGGCUUGCCAGGAAAUGUGGGUGUACCUGGAGACCCUGGGCGACCUGGAAAGGAGGGAGAAAAGGGAGAAAAGGGUGAACCUGGAAAAGAAGGAAAAGUGGGUUUGCCUGGGCCAGCUGGUGAGCCAGGGCCUUCUGGAGAGCCUGGUUUGCCUGGUAAGGGUAAAGAUGGAGAACCGGGGCAAAGAGGCCCACCAGGCUUGCCAGGGCCCUUUGGACAUAAGGGGGAAAGGGGAGCUCCUGGCCUCCCUGGUCAGCCAGGAGACAGAGGUGUGCCAGGAAUUGGGCUGGCUGGACCUCCUGGCCCUGUGGGACCCCCAGGAGACAAAGGGUCAUUGGGUCCCCGAGGUGUACCUGGUAUCCCUGGACCACAGGGGCCUCCUGGCCAGGAUGGUCUACCUGGAAAUCCAGGGGAAAGAGGACCUCCAGGAAAACCAGGUUCCUCACCCCUGCUCUCUCCAGAGGACAUAAAUCUCUUAGUAAAGGAUGUGUGCAGUGAAUGCCCUCCUGGACCACCAGGACUGCCGGGCAUCCCAGGUUUCAAAGGUGAUAAAGGUCUCCGAGGACCACCAGGUAGAGAUGGCCAGGAUGGGAAAAUGGGGAAUGUUGGACCCAGAGGUCCUGCAGGCCCACCUGGGCUGGAUGGCCCAAAGGGUGCUAAAGGAGACCGUGGUAUGACUGGGGACACAGGAGAAAAAGGUGAACAGGGCCACCCUGGAAUGCCUGGCUUCGCAGGGGCUCCUGGAAACCCUGGUCCGCCUGGACCAGAUGGGGCACCAGGACCAAUAGGACCAGCAGGAAACCCAGGAGAUACAGGUAAAGAUGGCCCUCCAGGUCCACAGGGCCCACCAGGAUUGCCUGGACUUCCAGGCAUUGCUGGGAAUGACGGCAAAGAUGGCAAGCCAGGAUCUCUUGGGGAACCGGGAAAGCCUGGGGAACCAGGACUCCCAGGACAGGAUGGUGCCAGAGGCUUACCGGGUUUCAAAGGACAGAGAGGAGAUACAGGUCCCCCAGGUCCCCGGGGGGAGCCAGGUGCAACAGGUCCUGCUGGUCGCGAGGGACCACCAGGGAAGGAUGGUGAUAUGGGUCCCAUAGGACCACAGGGGCCUCGAGGACUCAGAGGGCAGCCGGGCAAGAAUGGAUUGCCAGGAUCUGCAGGAGAACCUGGGCCAGCAGGUAACCCAGGUCCUAAAGGAAAUAAAGGAGAAAAUGGCAGCCCAGGAAUCCCUGGUUUCAUAGGACCUCGAGGACCACCUGGAGAAUCAGGAGAGAAAGGUUCUCCUGGAAAAGAGGGUGCACCAGGGAAACCAGGUGAAAUUGGCUCCAAAGGAGAGAGGGGGGAGCCUGGCAUCAAAGGCGAAAAAGGACCUCAAGGAGAAAAAGGGCCCCCAGGUGAUCCUGGGAUACCUGGUCACAAAGGUCAUCCAGGAUUGAUGGGACCCCAUGGACCCCCAGGAGACACUGGGCAAGUUGGACCUCCUGGUCCCCCAGGACAGCCAGGAUUUCCAGGACCAAGGGGGGAACCCCCAUCACUAGAGACUUUGAGAAGGCUCAUCCAAGAGGAAUUAGCCAAGCAGCUAGAUGCAAAGUUAGAAUAUCUCCUGGCUCAGAUACAGCCUGCACAUGUAAAAGCAUCCCAUGGCAGACCAGGACCUCCUGGUCCCCCUGGGAAGGAAGGACUCCCAGGAAGAACUGGCCCUCCAGGAGAACCUGGCCGGCCUGGACAGACUGGGUCUGAAGGGCCACCUGGACCAAUUGGUCCCAAAGGAGAAAGAGGAGCAAAGGGUGAGAAAGGAGAUACUGGCAUUGGCCAGCGAGGGGAAAUAGGUCCUCCAGGAAUUCCAGGCCUCCCAGGGGAGCCUGGCUAUGCCAAAGAUGGGAUGCCAGGACCACCCGGUCCUCAAGGUGAAGCUGGAGUGCGUGGUCCCAUGGGUCCACAGGGACCUCCAGGAGCCAACGGACAGUGUGAUCCCACUCAGUGCGCUUACUAUGCAAGCCUGGCUGCCAGACCUGCUAAUGUCAAAGGGCCUUAGCAUGCAGGGCACAUCCUCAGACUUAUUUUUAAAACUUGAAUUCAUCAUCCCUGCCAAGUUUCUUUCAUGGGAGGCCUUCUAAAGCCAACAAAUGCUGCCGGUCGGUCAGAUUAUUUUUAUGAAUUAUAAUUAAUAUUAUUAUUAUUAUCUUUGAUGUGAUAUGUGAAUUUGUUUUUGUUUUCUCUAACAUCAGGGCAUAUUAAAAUAUUAAAAAUAAGUGUUUUUUCCUCUUUUGAAGAGCAUAUAAUGUCAAUGCAUUGUGUAGCUAUUUAUGUAGAACCAUUCUGAUGCCAAUUUUCUUUUUCUCUUAUCUGAAUAAUUAUUUUGAAAGCUUUACCACUCAUUCUUGAAAUCGAAGUAAAAUCCUGCACUGUGCAGUCUGGGGCAUUAAGUGUGAGACGUAGGCUGGCUGCAGGAUUGUUGGUGCUAUCUGCCAUCCACUUGAGAGGGAGGAAGGCGAAGCUAUGCCAAAGCUGGGGAAGAGGUCUUCAGUACAUUCAACUUGUAAUGGACAGACAGUUAUGAACAACCAAUGUGUAUUUUCCAGAAGAUCCUUCUUAAAUGUAAUGCUCUUCUGCCCAUAAGUGAGUUUGUAUGCUAUAGCAGCUACUUUUUAUGGGACCAUGUGGGAUCUCACAGCAAGGCCUGAAGAGACCACAAAGGUGAUCUAAACCUCCUCAUUGCUCGCUCUGCAAAAACUUCAGUACUCGGAAGGUUUGGAACUGCCAGAUGGAGUUUAUCUUCCUGCUGUCAGGGAGUUGCCUCUGCAAAAGGCCACAAUGCUCUCCUCCAUCAGAUCAGGGCUGCCAAAUCCCAUUUUAAUUGUCAGUACACACAGGGCUCCCUACCACUGCUUCACCCCAAAAUCAUCCAGAGCAGGACAGAAAGUCACCUGGCUUCAAAAAUCUUCAGGAAGCCAAGUGUGACCCAACUACACUGCUUUGGAUGGUGCACUAUGGUAAUAACUUGGCAAGGUUAUGUUUUAGAAGGUAGGUGAAAAGUUGUAGGCUAGUCAAUGAGGAAAUGAAAGGAUCAGAGCAAAGAGAUGUUCACAAGCUUGGAGGAAGUUAUGUUUGAAGGUGAAAGUGAAGAGUCAGACACUGGCCUUUUUCCCUUAUCAGCUAAUUGCCAAUAUCAACCUGAGAAUGUAAAUAGAAAGUAAAUAUCAGAUGGAGUUUGAAAAGACUUUCACAAUAAGUAACUUGUGAGUUUAACCCUCCAACUAAGACAAUCCUACCUACCUAUAAAGGCACACAUCUGAGAGGUGGUCAGGCCUCGGAUAUAUGUGCUAGCUGGCAAAGCAACUGCGUUUUCAAAACUCCUCUGCACAAAGCAGUUUGUAUUGGGAGAUUGGAGUAAUGAACCUGACACAGACACUAAGUGGUGAAUGUGUUUGGAAAUCUCAUCAGGUCUUUUGGAGACAGAAAUGAGGCACCCUGCCCCUCUGGAAUGUUCACCAUAUGGCAUGAUGCUUCCAAGUUGGCUAAGCCAAGCAGAAAUCACAGCUGUCUGUAACCACUCCAGAAUCAGACCAUGAAGCUAAAACUCAGAGAUAAGCAUUUACCAGCCUUGGAGACUUUUCCUUACUUGGUUACAGAUAAAAUUUACCUCUGCUUUAUUGAAAAAUGAGAUUAAAUAACAUGUUCACAUGCCAGGGUUAAGCAAAGUCUUUACUCUGUAGCUCUCAGUGGUGCUAUUUUUUGCUGUUUCCUAUGCAAAUAAACUCUUUGAUUUGAUUUUACUGUGUUUCUUCCUAUGGAAAAGCCAAUCAAAGUGAAAAUAUCAUGAAGUGAAAAGCUUACUUCUUUUAAGUAAUUCUCAGUGGUGUAUCUGUUACUGUACUGCUUCUUAGGUCAGCUUGCUUUAUUUCAGUAUUUAGCAAGGCUUUUGAUCUCACUGGAUUUAACUGGACAAUUUUUCCUAGAGCAAGCUGAGAUUCCAUCGCUCCAAUGGUGAGGUAGAAUAGGUUUACUAAGCAAGAGAUACCUCCCAACGUGGCACAAGCCAUUGCUUUGAAGAAAUGUAAUAGAAAUAAGCAGGUUUGAUGAAGGUCAGUCAUGUUAACUGGGUCAUAUUAAUGUGGCAUUAUUAGGUAUGGUGGUGACUCCUCAGCCUCUGUAGAUUAUCUGUCAUUGUGUGUGUCUGCAUUUGCCGUGCAUGGCGUAGACUUUUUACACUCCCAUACGCUGUGUAACUACCCUUGAAGGGCAGUUGCAUAAUGAUGUUCUGUUAAACAGAUUUCAAGGUCUUUCACCCCCAUAAGAUUGUGCAAUGAUAUCUAGUUGAGGGAGGUCCAGAGGGGGGUUUUGGAUAACUUUUUUCAUGUGAAUGUCUUUUGGAGCCAUUGCCAAGAGUCUGUGUUAGGAACAUGAGUGACACAGCUGGAUCUUUAAUAGCAGUUAAAAGAUCUGCCUGGGUGAGGCAUAGACUGUAGCUUUGCAACUUCAUGACCUGGAAAAGGGGAUGCAGCCUAAUUCCCUUUGCUCCAGCAUAUUCCCUAGCAUAUGGUUGUCUGUUCAUUCUGUUCCUGGAGAAACCCAGGCUCUCUCUGUGUCCUGAAUUCAGUGGGUGCCAUUUCCCUGCUUUUUCUUAAAUCUCAUUUUCUCUUCAUCCAGUUAAAUGGCAUUUACCAAGUGUUUAUCUGUCACUAGUGAGGGAAGUACGAGACAUGCUGCAGAUGCAGAUCAAAACCUGUGUUUACAGUUACCCAAUUUCUACCGGUAUAGUUAUCAAAGGGAGGUUUCUAUAGUUGCCGCCUCUUACAGAAGCAAGUCCUAUGUGAUUGUACCUAAAAAGUCUCUGGCAAUAAAAGGUAAGAAAUGAGCGUAUAUUAGCAAGAUUUCUACCCUGUAAGCUCAAACACCAAAAGCUGCAACAGUUUUUGCCCUAUUCUUUUCGUGCAUAUUUACAGUCUUUGGAAAGGUGUCCUGCGAUUACUUUCAAAAUUAGGUCUGCCAUCUGGGCAGAGAGUAAACCUACAAAUACAGCCCCGGGCAUGAUCAGAAGCUGCCCUCCUGAAAACGCAGAUGCCUCUGUGCCUGAGCAGGUGAUGAUGUGUGCUGGAAGGUGACCAGCAGUCUUGUAUUAUCUGUCCAGCAUCUUGCAAGGUGACCCUGCAUGCAAGAGGUGACUGGUAGGGCAGAGACUAUGCUAAUAGCCAUUCCCCUAACCACUAUUGAAUAAGGGAGUUCUACAUUUCUUGCAUUUCAGUGUGCCUGUCCCUGCAACAAAGUGGUUAGUACAUCACCAGAAAGUCUGUUCAAUGAGUCUGAGGUUUAAACUCAGGAAUACACUGAGAUUUUUGUUGGGCUUUUUUGGCUGGUCUUGUAGUAAGAGAUGAUAUAUUGCUAUAAAGAUUGCAUUAUAAAGCCAGAUAAUGUAUUAUUUACAUAUCAAAAAUGUGCUAAUGACAUAUGGAGUUUAUGACAUCAUUGUGGGUUGUUCUUUUUUCUUAAUCAAGUGUGUAAAUUAUUGCAAUUAUAGACAACAGAUCAUUAUUCCAUUAAA